AUGGCCCCCGCCCAACGGCGAGAGACGUCAGAGGCCGCCUCAAGGCGGUUUCGACCUGCACCGCUGCUGAUUCGGGAGGAAAGCGCAGAGAAAGCUGGAGCAGCCGGAGCCAAGCCCAGCCUCAUCUCCUUCGAAGGGCCGAACCUCCUCCUAUCCACACCGUCUUCUCCCUCCACGCCUGCACGGGCAAAGCCUAUGCGGCGGGCUUCCAGCAGCGGCAGGCUGAACGGCAGCCGCCCUCAGCUUGCACCUUUGCACAGCCAAGUGCCCAAGGGAAGCUCAAGUUUCUCUGCAAAAGACGACCUCUUUGUGAUGGGCACUGCAACAGAUCUGGCUCGCGUUAUCAGCGCCGGAAAUCUUCCACGGACGCCUGCAGCCAAAGGGACGGCGAAGAAGCCGGGCUACCUUCCGAAGCUGGCAGGCAGCCCAGUGCUCGCCGAGACUGAAGACGCCGCUGCGUCUCAGAGUGCACCAGGCUCCAUGAGUGGAUCAAAGGAGUUAAAGGAGGUCGAGUUCUGCCCAACGCCGAUGAACACAGUUCAUGUGAUAACGCCGUACUCCAAAGUUUACGGCACGCACCCCAAGCUGUUCCACUACAAUCGGAAGGGCGAGCAGGAACUGAACGAUGCAGGGGUCGCGGCGAUGAUGGACGCCGAGGCAGAGACCGAGAAGCUCGACGUGGACUAA